GCCCCCCCCCCCCUCCUCUCUCCUUCCCGGAGUGAAAACGUCUCCCAGUGUCGAGUGCGGGACUACACGCAGGAAGGACGCGGACACGGACGCACACGGCGGAAACCUCUUCUUUCCUCACUCGCUUCUUCUUCUUCCACACCUCCAACCAACAGGAUUAUUAUUAUUAUUAUCACUCGCUUUGUUUUUGUCGGUUCUAUCGUUCUUCUCCCCCCCCCCCGUCGUGGUUUCCUUAAUGCAUCUGAGCGAAGCCUCGCCGUCCACUUGGCUGACCAUUGGGACAUGAGCACGUCGCCCUCGGCGUCUGUCCUGACGAAUCUCGGUGAGUUGAGCGCAGCCUGGGAGCGAGCCAGUCGUCGGGGAAGCAGCGGUAGCGACGAGCCGGCCUCUUCUCUGUUCCUCCACAAGCAGAAGCAGAAGCAGCAGCAGCAGCCGAGGCAGAAGCAGCACCACUCGGCGCCGCCGUCAGACCCGCUACGGCAAGCCAAGCGACUCCCGGUGAAGGUUUUGAAAAUGCUUACCGCACGCUCGGGGCACAUUUUGCACCCGGAGUAUCUGCAGCCUUUGCCCUCCACCCCGGUCAGCCCCAUCGAGCUCGAUGCCAAGAAGAGUCCCCUGGCUCUCCUGGCGCAAACGUGCUCCCAGAUCGGCAAGCCGGACCCGCCGCCUUCCUCCAAACUCUCCUCCGUCGCCUCCAACGGAUCUAGCGACAAGGAUUCUAAAUGCGGCCCGUUGAAGAUGAGCGACAUCGGCGCGGAAGACAAGUCGAGCUUCAAGCCCUACUCCAAGCCGUCCGACAAGAAGGAUUCGUCGGGCGGCGGCGGUGCGGACAAGUCUGGUUUCCGGGUGCCGAGCGCCACCUGUCAGCCGUUCACGCCGCGCACAGGCAGCCCCAACUCCAGCUCUUCUGCCUCUCCCAUGCCGGCGGAGAGCAAGGACGACAAGAAGGAGUCGGACUGCGGGAAAAGCGGCGCAGAAGGCGGCUCGGCGACGUCCAGCCACAGCCGGAUAAGCGUGAGUUGCGGUGGGAUUAACGUGGAGGUGAACCAGCACCAGGAGACCACGCACGGGCCCAAGACCUCCGCUUCCUCCUCCGCGUCGGAAUCCUCCCCGGUCACGUCCGUGUCCUCGGCCUCGGUGCUCGGCUCGGGCCUCGUAGCGCCCGUGUCCCCUUACAAGCCGGGCCAGACCGUCUUUCCGCUCCCCCCGGCAGGCAUGACGUACCCCGGCGGCUUGGCCGGUGCCUACGCCGGCUACCCUCAGCACUUCAUGCCGCACGGGGGCAGCCUGGUCAAUGCGCAGCUGGCCAGCUCGCUGGGCUGCAGCAAGGCCGGCACCAGCCCCCUGGCCGGAGCCUCCCCGCCCUCCAUCAUGUCGGCCAGCCUGUGCAGGGACCCUUACUGCCUCAGCUACCACUGUGCCAGCCACUUGGCGGGCGCGGCCGGGGCGUCGUGCACCCACGACUCGGCGGCGGCCGCGGCCGCCGCAGCCAACGCGCUCAAGUCCAGCUACCCGCUCAUGUACCCGGCGCACCCUAUCCACGGGGUGCACUCCUCGGCCCCCUCCUUCAGCGGACACCCGUUGUACCCGUACGGUUUUAUGCUCCCCAACGACCCCCUGCCCCACGUUUGCAACUGGGUGUCGGCCAACGGACCGUGCGACAAGCGAUUCUCCUCCUCGGAGGAACUUCUGAACCACCUGAGGACACACACCGCUUUCACCGGGGCGGAGAAGCUCAUCUCCGGCUACCCGGGCUCCUCCUCGCUGGCCAGCGCUGCUGCUGCAGCCAUGGCCUGUCACAUGCACAUGCCGCCCUCGGGGGCCCCCGGCAGCCCCGGGACUUUGGCUCUGAGAAGCCCGCACCACGCACUGGGACUCAGCAGCCGCUACCACCCGUACUCGAAAAGCCCGCUGCCCACCCCCGGAGCCCCCGUCCCGGUCCCCGCGGCCACCGGCCCUUACUAUUCCCCUUACGCACUGUACGGCCAGAGACUCACUACAGCAUCAGCGCUUGGAUACCAGUGAGGAGGGGAAACAAAAAAAAACCCAAAAAAAAAAAAACACACACACACAAAGACCUUGCAAAGUUUAUAAUACAAAUAAUGCAAAUAUAAAGACUUUUAUAUGGACAUAUGGGCGGGAUCCGUGGACUUCGAACUGUAUUUAUUUAUAUGCCUGCUUCAAAAGAACAAGCAGGCUGCAAAACGGAAAAUAUUUGAGCAAGUCAAAAAGUGCAUUACGUGGAAACUUAAGUCUGCAGCUAAAGUGGAUGAGCGGAGCACACAGUUAGAGAACUAAUUCAAAGUAGGCUUCCUCAUUUCGAUGUUCAUUUCAAAAUUGCUAUGAUUGUAUUUGUUCUUAUUUAAAAGGAAAAAAAGUAUCACCGAGAAAAGAAAAGUAAUUUACAUGCAUGUUUUUUUUUCGCUGUUGUUGUUUCUUAAAAUUCAAAAAUUGUCUACAUUUGAAAUUGCCGUUAUUUUUCAGGUGUAUACCAUGGGGAGAGAAUUGGUAUUUUUUUGUAUGUAUUCUGAGGAUAAAAAAAAUAAGAAACAAUUCUGUUCCAUA